CGAGUAGUGUUUCCCAUCCACCUAGCACUCCCCGCGCGCACAGCAGCACCACAACUUACCUCACCUCACAAUGGCACCUAAAAAGCGCGCGCGCCCGACCGUUCGGAUCGCGUCCUCCGGUCUGGGCGAAGAGACGACGACGACCACGACGACCGCACAAGCGUCACCGAUCACGUCUGACGGGUGGACAGACGAGCAAGAAACGACGUUAUUCAAAGCGAUCGCGAUCUACCGCCUGAAGCCGGCAGGGAUGCACAAGCACUUCCGGAUCAUCGCGAUUGCGGAGCUGAUGAAGAACCAUGGGGUGUCGGGCGAGCACACGGGGAUCCACGGGAUCUGGGAGAAGCUCAAGACGCUGUACAAUCUGGAGGCGCUGGACGAGAUGGAGGACGAGGUCGAGGCCGGCGACGAUGAUGAUGAGGCGCAGGAUGAUGACGACGAUGCAGACGACGCUGCGAAGGAUCUGCCGAAGGGUUGGAAGGAGUUCAGUCUGUCCGAAGACGAGUUUGGCGACUUGAUGCGCAACAGGAGGUGGGAUCCUGACUCGAGGGAUAGCCCUAUGAGGACGGCGAAGGAGGCUAGUACCGUGCCAGACGAUGAUGGGGAUACGAUCUCGGAUACUCCCUCGCGCUCCGCGUCACCGGCGCCCACUCCCGCCCGCAGCACGAGGGGCCGUGGCACCAGAGGUCGUGCUACUCCGCGUGCUCGUGGGUACGGCGGUAGGGGCAGAGGCGCGGGAGGCAGGAAGACCCCAAACACGCCUGCACGCGCUGCAACGGAGGAGAAGGAACCCGAUGAGGAGGAAGACGACGACAAGAUCGUCGGGGACAACAGUGUUAGGGCCGAAUCUUCCGAGGCAGAGGAGGAACAAGAGGUGGAGGAGGAAGAAGAAGAGGAAGAGGAAGAGGAGGACGACGAGGAGGAUGAUGAAGACGAGGAUGAGGAGGAGGAUGAGGAGGAGGACGGUGACGAGGAGGGAUCUGGCUCGGGUACUGCUUCCGGAAGUGACGAAACCGAGGAUGAGGUGCCGACUUCUGCUAGGGGCAGAGGAAGGGGACGGGGAGGCAGAGGCAGUCGCGGUGGAAGGGGCAGCAGCAGGGGUGUGGUGGUUCGGGGUCGCGGACGUCCAAAGGGCUCCAGAGGAAAACGAGGUACUCGCGGAGGAGCAAGCGAUGUCAGAAGGAGUUCGCGGAAGAAGUGAUCUCUUCAUGACACAUCACCAUCUCACGAAUACGAUUUCAAAAUACGGCGUCAUCUUUGUUUUUUUUCCUUCCCCACGGAAUCCGGCGUUUGGCAUCUCCAAUAUCCCUUUGUUUUACCAUACCACCCAUAGAGCAUUUCUUUCUGUAAUAGCAAUACCAACUCAAC